AUGAAUGGGAUAUCUAUCAGUUUGAAAUCUAAGAACAAAGUCAAGAAGAAGUCAGGCACAAAGAAGAAGAAAAAGCCUACUGUAUUUGGUAUUGCUGAUAAUGACGAAAAAGCUACUGAAUUUAAGAUCACAUCUGUCGAAGAGCGUAAAGAAACCAUAAAGAAGCCACUAUGUAUUACUCCUACGGAACCUCUACGUAGCAGUUUGAACGCACGUCCUGAGAGUGGAUCACUAAAAAGUGAAGAUGAGCAAGCAGUCGUUUUUCCUGAGGAAUCAGAGAGUAAGUUUGAUUUCAAGGGACCAUCCGCUCUGCGUAAUAAUAUCCCAGAAAAGACUAACGAAGAAGAAUAUGAAGAGGUUCCGGUAGAGGGUUUUGGUACAGCUUUACUUCGAGGGAUGGGGUGGGAUCCAUCUGCGGAGAAUGACAGUAGUUCGGAAAAAUCUACUUUACUUCAUGAGAAACCACAUCCAGAGUUAGUGGGAAUAGGUGCCAAAUUAACAACUGCCUCUAACUCUCUUAGAACUGCGUUCAUGCCACUAAUACGUCGCAAGAAAACGGCAAAUGAAUAA